UUGAACGUCCCACACGUCGUAUAUCCGACUUCCGCACUGUGGAAGUGGGGGAGUUUACAGGAAGCACCUGAACGCAGCGCAGCACCGAGCAGCAGCACUGCGGCGCCUGUGAACGCGGAGAUGCAGACCAUAAAGUGUGUGGUGGUGGGUGACGGUGCAGUGGGGAAGACCUGCCUGCUCAUCUCCUACACCACCAACAAGUUUCCCUCUGAGUACGUCCCCACGGUGUUUGAUAACUACGCAGUGACGGUGAUGAUCGGCGGCGAGCCGUACACUCUGGGCCUGUUUGACACCGCAGGUCAGGAGGACUACGACAGACUGCGACCCCUCAGCUACCCUCAGACCGACGUCUUCCUCGUCUGCUUCUCCGUCGUGUCGCCCUCGUCCUUCGAGAACGUCAGAGAGAAGUGGGUGCCGGAGAUUUCGCACCACUGCCCGCGGACGCCGUUCCUGCUGGUCGGGACUCAGGUGGACCUGAGGGACGACAGCAACACGCUGGAGAAACUGGCCAAGAACAAGCAGCGAGCGCUGAGCUGCGAGAGCGGCGAGAAGCUGGGCCGCGAGCUCAAGGCCGUCAAAUACGUGGAGUGCUCGGCUCUCACACAGAGGGGACUGAAGAAUGUUUUUGACGAGGCCAUCCUGGCGGCUCUGGAGCCUCCGGACAACAAACCCAAGAAGCGCUGUGUCCUGCUAUAGACGCCACGAGAGGACGAGGAGGUGGAGACGAGUCUCGACGUGUAAUCUUCUGCCACUAGGGGUCGUCUCCAAUUAGAAAACAACCAUCAGGAGACUUUGGCGAAGCAGCGUGGGAUCAUGGGAGUUGUAGUCUUCGUGUCAGGGGGCGUCUCCUGGUCCAGGAGCUGAGUUCCCCUUGGUGGUGGCCCGUCCUCGUGCAGAACAAGAUGUCCGACCACCGGAAUCCUUCACCCGCCUCAAAUACAGAGUCAAAAUGUCAAAAUCCAAGUGACUUCAAACUGGAGCCAAAGUUAAUUUUGACUCUUGCGGCAGACGAACAGGUCACGUGACGCCACCGACAGGCGGGCCAAUCAAACGCACACGUACCUGGAUUCAAACCACACGUUUCUCACAGGGUUUGAUAAUAGUAGAGCUGCAGCGGUUAAUCGGCUAAUCGAUUAGUAAUCGACGACUAAAUUAAUCAGCAACUGUUUUGAUAAUUGAUUAAUUCGUUCAAGUAUUUUUUAUGAAAGAAAUAGGUCAAAAAAAUCUGAUUUCAGCUUCGUACAUGUGAAUAUUUUUUCCGACAUUAUUAUUUAAAAAAUAAUCGUUUGUUGCAGCUCUAGAAAAUAUAAUGUGAGAGCAGAAGUCAACUCUACUGUACAUAGAGAACACACGUCUGGUCGUGAGGAAAAAGUCACAGAUUGUACCUUUAAAGAUGUUUAGUCUUUAAAACUCAGCUCCUCGUCAGGCCGUAAAUAUCUUUUUCUUAAUUAUGAAAUCAAACAGAAAUGAGUGUUUGUCUGUGAAGGAAACGUGAUUUCUGAAUCCAUCCAAUUUCUGUUUCCAUUCGUUUGAUUCGCGGCAUUAAAUUCUAAAAUCUAAAUCAGAUUCUGGAAACUUGUUCUUGAAUUUUCCUGCACUGAUUUCCUGUUUUUGGACAGUUUUGUCUUUAAAACACUCAUAUUUCAUGACUGAUUGUGAAACUGCUCCUGAAUCGAUACCGUAUUUCAGACAUUUACCGUUUCUGCUUCUCUAGUAAAACAUGAUGAUAUAUGA